GGGGGAGGGCGCGGGGGGUAGCGGCCGCUGAGGGGAGAGCCUGGUGCUCGCUGGCGGCCGGGCAGAGGGAGAGGGGGGCGCCUCCCGGGUUGUUGUUCUCCACCUCUGACUAUGCAAUUCUGAGACAUCCCUGGGGGAAGAGACAGCAGGACACCACUCCCCGUCCUCCCCAAACUCCCGCCCCACACAGGAGGAAAAAGCCCCCCCACUCCUUUCACCAUUAAGAGGAAAACGAUGGAGGAGCUGAGCGCGGAUGAGAUUCGUCGAAGGCGCCUUGCUCGGCUUGCAGGUGGGCCAUCUUCCCAGCCCACCACUCCACUUACGUCCCCACAAAGAGAGAACCCACCAGGACCACCUGUAGCUGCGCCAGCCCCGGGUCCAUCCCACAAUCUUGGUCUAAAUGUCCAUAGUAUGACCCCAGCUACCUCUCCAAUUGGUGCAUCAGGAGUAGCCCACCGAAGCCAGAGCAGCGAAGGAGUGAGUUCACUUAGCAGUUCUCCAUCCAAUAGCCUUGAAACGCAAUCCCAGUCUCUUUCCCGGUCCCAGAGCAUGGAUAUUGAUAGUGUCUCCUGUGAGAAAAGUAUGUCUCAGGUGGAUGUAGAUUCAGGAAUUGAAAAUAUGGAGGUCGAUGAGAAUGAUCGCAGAGAGAAAAGGAGCCUGACUGAUAAGGAGCCUCCAUCAGGAUCUGAGGUAUCGGAGGAGCAGGCCUUACAACUGGUCUCUAAGAUUUUUAGAGUCUCCUGGAAGGAUCGAGACAGAGAUGUAAUUUUCCUUACUUCGCUCUCUGUGCAAUUUAAGCAGAACCCAAAAGAAGUGUACUCAGAUUUUAAGGACUUGAUUGGUCAGAUUUUAAUGGAAGUUCUGAUGAUGUCCACUCAGUCAAGAGAUGAAAACCCGUUUGCCAGCCUGACGGCUACAUCACAGCCAAUUGCAGCAGCUGCCCGGUCACCUGAUAGAAACCUGAUUCUAAACACUGGCUCCAACCCAGGAACUAGCCCUAUGUUCUGUAGUGUGGGUUCCUUUGGUUCUGGUUCCUUAUCCAGUCUCUAUGGGACUAGUCCAGCUUCUAAUAUCAAUUUCUCAAGCCAUGUGCCAAUGUCUGGUUCAUCUCCUACCCUACCAGCCAGUUCAGUUGCCACUACAUCUGUACCUUCCAUUUCUGUCAGCCCUCACGUCACAGCAGUAAGUCCUUCUGGAGUCCAGCCCUCAUCUCCGAGGUACCGCCCAUACACUGUUGCCCAUUCUACGGGCACAUCAGCUUCUCCCAUCCCACGCUCCUUGAGUAUCUCCAUCCCAUCUAGCUCACCAAGUCCUCCAGCCAUAGCUACCAGCCCUCAAGCCAUACCAGUCAGCUCAUCCAGACAGAGGCCUGCAACUAUGGGCCCACCUGUGUUUCCUCCUUCGCCAAGUACCAUGAGCAGGCGUUCUUUACUAAACAGGACUUCUCCUAGUAUGUACGACAACCCUUUCUCACUCCUCUUCCUUGGCGUUUCUGAUGUAUCUGAGGACAGUAGUGAUGAAGAAAAUGAAGAUGAUGAUUUUUCUUGUGUCCAGUUUGGGUCCAGUGUGGGAGGCUCUGGCAGCACAAGUGUUUCUGAUUCCUGCAGUGACCAUUUCACCAUUGAAACUUGCAAGGAGACAGAGAUGCUGAACUACCUCAUUGAGUGUUUUGACAGAGUUGGAAUAGAGGAGAGAAAAGCACCAAAGAUGUGUAGCCAGCCAGCGGUUAGUCAGUUACUGAGCAACAUCCGAUCUCAGUGCAUUUCCCAUGCUGCUUUGGUACUACAUGGUUCCUUAACACAACCAAGGUUAUUGCAGCAGCAGUCUCUGCUGGUACCAUACAUGCUGUGUAGGAACCUCCCGUUUGGCUUCAUCCAAGAAUUGGUGAGAACAACCUACCAGGAUGAAGAGGUGUUCAAACAGAUUUUUAUCCCCAUCUUACAAGGCCUGGCUCUUGCUUCCAAAGAGUGCUCCCUUGAUAGUGACAAUUUUAAAUACCCUCUUAUGGCAUUAGGUGAACUGUGUGAAAUCAAGUUUGGGAAAACACAUCCCAUGUGCAGCUUGGUUGUAUCUUUGCCCUUGUGGUUGCCUAAAUCUUUAAGCCCGGGUGCAGGACGUGAGCUGCAAAGACUGUCGUACCUUGGCGCUUUCUUCAGUCUCUCUGUCUUUGCUGAAGAUGAUACUAAAGUGGUUGAAAAGUAUUUCUCAGGGCCUGCCAUUACUCUUGAAAACAACCGUGUUGUUAGCCAAUCUUUGCAGCAUUACCUGGAAUUGGCAAGGCUAGAACUGUUCAAGAUUCUACAUAAUAUUUUGCUGAAUGGGGAAACUCGGGAGGCAGCUCUUAGUUACAUGGCAGCUGUUGUCAAUGCCAACAUGAAGAAGGCACAGAUGCAGACAGAUGAUCGGUUGGUGUCCACAGAUGGUUUUAUGCUCAAUUUCCUAUGGGUUCUGCAGCAGCUAAGCACAAAAAUUAAGCUAGAAACAGUUGAUCCCACAUAUAUAUUCCAUCCGAGGUGUCGCAUCAUCCUCCCAACGGAUGAGACCAGAGUGAAAGCAACCAUGGAGGAUGUUACAGACUGGAUGGCUGAGCUUUACAGGGAUCCGUCUCAAUUUUCUGAGCCGAAAUUCCCAACGGAAUGCUUCUUUCUAACCCUGCAUGCCCACCACCUCUCCAUCCUGCCAAGCUGCCGCCGCUACAUCCGUAGACUGCGGGCCAUCAGGGAACUCAACAGGACUGUCGAGGAUCUGAAAAACAAUGAGAGUCAAUGGAAAGAUUCUCCUCUGGCUACCAGACAUCGAGAGAUGCUGAAACGCUGUAAAACGCAGCUUAAGAAGCUGGUGCGUUGCAAGGCGUGUGCAGAUGCUGGCUUGCUAGAUGAAAACUUUUUGAGGAGAUGUCUGAAUUUUUAUGGCAUGGUGAUUCAGCUGAUGCUUCGCAUCCUCGACCCUGCUUACCCCAACAUGAAGCUGCCUUUAAAUCCUGACGUUCCGAAGGUGUUUGCAGCACUGCCGGAGUUCUACGUGGAAGAUGUGGCUGAAUUUUUAUUUUUUAUUGUUCAAUAUGCUCCUCAGGUGCUUUAUGAGCCCUGCACUCAGGACAUUGUGAUGUUCCUUGUUGUGAUGCUGUGCAACCAGAACUACAUCCGAAACCCUUAUCUGAUUGCUAAGCUGGUGGAGGUGAUGUUCAUGACAAACCCUGCCGUUCAGCCACGGACGCAGAAGUUCUUUGAAAUGAUUGAGAAUCAUCCUCUCUCCACUAAAUUGUUAGUCCCUUCAUUGAUGAAGUUUUAUACAGAUGUUGAGCACACUGGAGCCACCAGCGAGUUCUAUGACAAAUUUACCAUCCGCUACCACAUCAGUACCAUUUUCAAAAGCCUCUGGCAGAACAUAGCUCACCAUGGCACCUUCAUGGAAGAGUUCAACUCUGGGAAGCAGUUUGUUCGCUACAUCAACAUGCUGAUAAAUGACACAACGUUUUUGCUGGAUGAGAGUCUGGAGUCCCUAAAGCGUAUUCAUGAAGUCCAAGAGGAGAUGAAGAACAAGGAACAGUGGGAUCUGCUGCCAAGGGACCAGCAACAGGCUCGUCAGUCUCAGCUUGCUCAGGAUGAGCGUGUGUCUCGCUCAUAUCUUGCCCUGGCAACAGAAACUGUUGAUAUGUUCCAUAUCCUUACCAAGCAGGUUCAGAAGCCUUUCCUCAGACCUGAACUUGGACCACGAUUGGCUGCUAUGCUGAACUUUAACCUUCAGCAACUGUGUGGCCCUAAGUGCCGUGACCUGAAAGUUGAAAACCCUGAGAAAUAUGGGUUUGAACCAAAGAAGCUGUUGGACCAACUGACUGAUAUUUACCUGCAGCUAGAUUGUGCUCGUUUUGCUAAAGCAAUUGCUGAUGACCAGAGGUCCUACAGCAAAGAGCUGUUUGAGGAGGUUAUCUCGAAGAUGAGGAAGGCUGGCAUCAAGUCAACAAUAGCAAUAGAGAAAUUCAAACUGCUGGCAGAGAAGGUGGAGGAAAUUGUUGCCAAGAAUGCCCGUGCGGAAAUCGAUUAUAGUGAUGCUCCAGAUGAAUUUAGAGAUCCACUCAUGGACACCCUGAUGACUGACCCUGUAAGGCUGCCAUCUGGAACUAUCAUGGACAGAUCAAUAAUCCUACGGCACCUUUUGAACUCCUCCACUGACCCCUUCAAUCGGCAGACGCUGACAGAAAACAUGCUGGAACCAGUGCCAGAACUGAAAGAGCAAAUCCAAGCCUGGAUGAGAGACAAGCAGAAUGCUGACCAUUAAAAACUCCCCUGCAGCGCACACCAAUGCCAAUGAGAAGAGCAGGGCAUGGGCUGGUCUAGUGAUGGUGGUGCAGAUAAUACGUUGGAAACUAAUGCUGGGAUUAGCAUGCCCACCGUCGGUGAUAUCCGCUAGUGACCAGAAGCAUGUGGACGAGAAGAAAAGCAGCUUAAUUCUUGUACAUAUAUUUAAAUGAUAACGAAUGGUCAAUAGCAUGGAGGACAAAUUAGGAAGUUGCUCAUGUUACAAAACAAAGUCCUUCAACCUGUCACAAUUUGGGAUUUUUACAGCUGAAUUAUUUUCGCAAAGAUGAAUGGAUCAGAGCAGCAUCCCUUCAACUUUAUUUUUACAGCCAGAUAUCCGUUAAUUUGAUUGUGGUUAGAACAUCGGACAUUUUGCUGCUAAAGUAACUUUUUCCUCUUUCCUUCCCUUCUCUUCCUCCCAUAAACCUGCACUGCUGUCUUUCUUUGUAAUGCGAAAAAAAGUCCCCAUGAAAAUAAAAUCCUUCUCCUGCCCCCAAGAGAACAUAUUCUGUGAGAUAACUGUGCCUGCAACAAAGUGUUAAUCUUGGGAUCGUAUUUUUAUAUUAUACAUAUUCGCAUAUUUGUUUUUUAAUUGGUGUUAGAAGACACACAAGAAUAAUAAUUUAAAAAAGGCAAAAUAUUUGACACGUGGAUUUUAAGUUCUGUUCUUUGAGAUGUCCCUUUAUGUUAAAUGGAGAGAAUCUUGAUGCUCUGGUAUUUUUGAAAAGCCUUGUGGAUAGGAACAUGUUGAAGCAGCUGCCACCAAUGAGGUGUUUGGGAAUACCAGGACUUCAGUGACUUUUUUAAAAAUAAACCUUCUUUUAACGCUGGAGAUAGGAUAUGCUAAGUGACAGUUCUGAGCCUUUACAGCUUGUCUCCAGAGAGCAGAUCCUUUUAGUCUUGGAGCCUGCAGUUUGGGGCGGGGUCAUUUUUAUGUUGCAUACCAGUUUGUAUCCAUAGCUUGGCCUUACCAAAGCAAAAAGGGUGCAGGAAAUGUAGAAUUACAUUUUUUUAAAAAACUAAAAAAAAAUCCACAAAACAUUUUUGUAUUACUGCCCCCUGCUUAAGAUACUUGAAUUUCCUUUUUAAAAAGGAUUUGAAACCACAGUGUUUUAAAAUGAAGCCUGUUAAAAAAAAAAAAAAAAAGGUUGUUUUUUUCUCUUGUUUUUUUGCUGACAGUGUCCUCUGUUCAAUUCCUGACUCUUGAACUACAAUAAAUGGUGAUACACAUUCACAAA